CAGCGCGCUCCCCGCGCGCCGCCCCGCCUGCCCGGCGGCUCGCAGCCAAUGGCGCGGCGGCGCCGCCGCCCCUCAGCCAAUAGGAAGGCGGGGCGGGGCGGGGGGAAGGUUCUGGGGGCCGCCGCCAUUUUAGCGCCGCGUCCGGGGCCGCCGCCGCUUCUCGUUGAGCUCGGGGGGGGCCGGGAGCACCCCCCCCGCCUUGUGACCCAAUGGACUCCAACCUGGACGCGGCGGACGCGAUGACGUCAGACGACUUUGACAUCGUCAUCGAGGCCAUGCUGGAGGCGCCCUACAAGAAAGACGAGGCCCAACCAGGUCCCUCCAAACCCCCCCCGGGCGGCCCCUCCCCCCAGGCGCCCGAGGAGCCCAACAAAGAGCCCAAAAAGGAGAGCGGGAGCGGCGGGAGCAGCAGGAAGAAGCGGAGCCGGAGCCGGAGCCGGAGCCGCGAGCACAGACACAGCCGGGAGCGACGCCGGCGCAGCCGCAGCCGCAGCCGCCGAAGCCACCGAAGCCGCCGCAGCCGCAGCCGCAGCCGCCGGCGCGACGACAGGUCCAGGCGCCGCUUUGGGCACAGUAAGAGCCCCCAGCACCGCGACAAGAGCCCGGCCAGGGAGCCGCUGGGCAGCCUGAGCCCCGAGGAGCGCGACGCCCGCACCGUGUUCUGCAUGCAGCUGGCCGCCCGCAUCCGGCCCCGCGACCUCGAGGACUUCUUCUCCGCCGUGGGGAAGGUGCGCGACGUGCGCAUCAUCUCGGACCGCAACUCGCGCCGCUCCAAGGGCAUCGCGUACGUGGAGUUCUGCGACAUCCAAUCGGUGCCCUUGGCCAUCGGGCUGACCGGCCAGCGCCUGCUGGGGGUCCCCAUCAUCGUGCAGGCCUCGCAGGCGGAGAAGAACCGCUUGGCCGCCAUGGCCAACAACCUGCAGAAGGGCUCGGGGGGGCCCAUGCGGCUCUACGUGGGCUCCCUGCACUGCAACAUCACCAAGGAGAUGCUGCGCGGCAUCUUCGAGCCCUUCGGGAAGAUCGACAGCAUCGUGCUGAUGCGCGACCCCGACACCGGCCAGUCCAGGGGCUACGGCUUCAUCACCUUCUCGGAGGCGGAGUGCGCGCGCCGGGCGCUGGAGCAGCUGCACGGCUUCGAGCUGGCCGGCCGCCCCAUGCGCGUGGGGCAGCUGAGCGAGCGGCCCGACGGCUCCAGCGACGUCACCUUCCCCGAGGGACCCGGCGACGACGGCGACCUGCCCGCCCCCCGCCUGCAGCUCGUGGCCAAGCUGGCCGAGGGCUCGGGGCUGCAGCUGCCCCCCCCGGCCCUGCAGCUCAAUGGGGCGACGCUGCCACUUGGGGGGCUGAGCCCCGCGGCGCUCACGGCGCUCAACCUGUCUCAGUGCCUCUCGCUCUCGGGGCUCUUCACCCCCCCCAGCAUCUGAGUAACGAGGCUCCACCCCCCCACCCCCCCCCCACCCCGAGGAGGCUCCGCCCCUUUCCCUCCCAGCCCCGCCCCCCCCCCCCUUCGGCGGGGCGGGGCCGAGCGGGAGGGGGCGGGGCCUGCGAGAGGCCACGCCCACCCACCCCCCCUCCCCCCCCCCAAGGUGAUUUUUGGGGGGAUUUUUAUUUGUUUUGGGUCGUUUUUUUUCCCCGUUUUUCGGGUUUUUUUGUGUCUUUCCCGGAAAUAAAAAAAAAAAAAACAGCAAAAAAGCCAAAAAGGUGGAAAUUGA